AUGAUGGCGAGUUCACAGAACAGUCCUGUGCUUGUCCAGCACAGUUCACCUCCUCACAGACUGUCCCCUGAGGUCGCAGUUAUGUCAAUUCCACCUUACAAUCCCGAACUCUCUCCUCUCCACGAAGCUAGCCUAGUCGGACCACCGUUAACGGCAGACGAGUCUUCAAGUGACAGCGAACCUGCAACACCGACACCGGAAACGGCCGACACUCCCAUGGUUGAUGUACCUCCUCUGGAAGGUGAAGAGCCGGACACAUCAAUAUCAAAUGAGCAAAAUACUGUUGAGACAGAAGAACAAUCCUCCGAGGCAGAAGCCAUUCAGCCUUCAGAUUCAGAGUCCAUGCCUCAAGAAGCUGAGGUACCACCAACAGGUGCUGACGAGGCCUCGCAAGUACCGCCUCCGGCCCCGUCUGAGGAACAACAGCCCCGGGAAGAACCACCAGAAUGGGCGACGAGGGAGGACGAUCAUUCCACUCCCACCGAAGACGAGAUGACCGAACUGAAUCUGCGAGAGUCAAGAGGACAAGAGUUGAGUGCUUUAGAUGUUCCAAGCGUGGAAAAGCGUAUCUACCAGGAUGUAGACGACCCCGACCAGCGGCCUGUGAAGAAAUUACGCCUUAGCUGGAUCAUCAAAGGAGUGCGUGGCACCCGCGAAAAACCCAAUACUGAUCGGGUCAUGAUAUCUCCACCUGCGAAGGUAGAUGGCAACUAUUGGCAGAUCAAGUUCUAUCCGCGAGGAAAUAAAUCGGUAUUUCUCAGUGCCUACAUCAAGUGCAGUAAACGCCCGCCUCCACCAGAUGCACAGUAUGCCGACGGUACCUUUUCCUGCUUCGAAGGGCCUCCCGACGCUGACCUGAGCAAUGGACUUGCCCCAAGUCAGAUGAUCCACCAUCAAGUCCCAGAUGCUAACACUGAAAGAUCUUGUUGCACACCUCUUCAAGGCACAGAAGACUCGCAGAAGGAGCAGAGUGAUGGCGCACAAGAGCCAGGGUCAACACAGGGCGAUGAUUGCGCAUCCGCAGAAACUAAACCACAAGAGCAUAUUCCAGAGGAGGACUGGCGCGUUUCUGCACAAUUAGGCAUGGUCAUGUACAAUCCAGAAGAACCCCGUACUUGCCAUCUGAUGUCUUCCGAGCAUCAGUUUGCAAAGAUCAACGAUGACUGGGGCUGGACAAACUUUACGGGCCCAUGGGACCAGAUACAUGUCCGAGGGCACCUUCAGAGGGCACCGCUUUUACGAAACGACACUAUCGCCAUCGAUGCUUACAUCCGCAUCUUCGAUGACCCCACGCAGGCACUGUGGUGGCAUUCUUCAGAAGCCGAAGUUCACUGGGAUUCCAAAGCGCUUGCGGGUUACUUUCCAAUGGGGACACCUCCUCUCUAUCACAGUCCAGCAGUGGCGGGCAUUACAUCAUGGCUUCUUCUACGUCCAAUUCGCAAGUUGCUUCAGGACGUCAAUGCAGUGGAGUGGCGCCAGAACUCUCAGAUCCGUCCGCGACCAAUAAUCAGCCAUUUGCAGAUGAUUUUGUUCCUGAUGCGUCAUCUGAGGAAGGAACGUGAGAACUACGUGGACGUUUAUCCUGCUAUUCAUGCUAUCAGAGACCUUGGAGAGAUGUACAACGACGUCAAGACGUUUUGGGAGGUACUUCGAAGAACGAUCGAGCUCGAGUUGGAAGGCGACGAGACAUCUUUGAGACGCUUGAGUGCCAUCUUGGAUACCCCAAGCGGGCCAUUGGCUCUACCUCCGCUACCCGUCGAGAACAUAAAGGAUGUUCAAGAAGCUCUCACACAGAUUCUCCGUUCCGAAAGGUUCAUAGGACAAUUGCCAGAUUUCUUACCACUGACACUGGCCCGUCAGCGCUUCGACAAAACCAAAAGGGUGUGGAAGCUGCUCCAUGAUCGUGUUGUCCUCAACGAGGAGCUUGACAUGUCGGAAUUCUCUCCCAGCAACGAUCACGCCAAGUACACCUUGUAUGGAUUCAUAGUCCACUUGGGCGAGCGAAAUUCUGGUAAGUUCUACAGUGUCCUGCGGCCAGGUGGUCCAAACUCGAAGUGGCUGGCUUUCGAAGAUGGCGACGGAAACAAGGUAUUUUCAUACACCAGAAAACGAAUAUCGCAAUUCGAGGGACUUGAGGGGCAAGCACUUAAGGAUGCCACAUCCGCGCAACAGACGGCAUACAUGGCCAUGUAUAUCAAAACGAGCCGCCUGGGGGAGUAUCUUCCUGGCGGGCUCGAGCCAUACAAGCUGCCAAAGUCUCUUGUCCCUUACCUAGAAGCUCAAUACAAUGGCGGCGAAUUCGUGGAAGAUAGACCAUCGAUAGAUGAAGAUGAAGUCAGAAUCGAGGUGUAUUCCGAUGAAGCCGUUACCGGUCGGCGAGGUCUGCUAGACAUGUUCAACAUCAAGCGCCAGUGCGAGCACCAAGGAUUGUUCCACAUCAUGAAACUCCCUCCUACUGCGACAUAUCAAGAACUACGCCGACAACUGGCGGAGAAAUUGGGAAUUGAGAAUACCAAGGCAAUUCGACUCUUCCUGAUGGGCUACACGGGGUUGGGCCAUUACACAAGCGCACGAAUGCAAUCUGUUGACAUGAAUGACCUUUUGCGGGAUGCAAGACAUUCCGAUCAACCCUUCUGCUUAUGGUAUUCCAUUCUGAAGACGGAAGAGGAUAUCAGACUGUUCGGUACACCUGACCGCACGGCUGUGAGAGAGGCGGUUGAGGAUACCGGAGACGCGGUACAUGAUGAACAUGGUCUUGGCCUGACGACACCAGGUCUUUCAGAAGCACAGCUUGCCGCUCCCGAUCUGCAACAGUCAUCGGUACAAGAGGCUGUCUCUGCAGAUGUAGAGAAUGCCAGAGUCGAGAGCCAACAAGCUGUGGCUCAAGCCGUUGAGGUUUCGGACCCCGACACUCCCAUGCAACUUGAACCUUCACCUCCCACCAUCGAAGAAAGUUUGGUCGCCGAGGUCCCCCAUGGUCAUUUAAUUGAUGCAGUUAGUCAAGGCACGAUAGUAACGCCUUCUCUGAGUGUCGCUGAAGCAGAAGUCAUUACAGAUAUAAGCAGGAGUUCUAACGCUACAGACCCUAACGUGAUGAAUCUUAACGUAAGUAGCCAGGAGUCAGUUCCUUCUAACGAAGAAAAUGUCAGAGGACUCGGUUCCGGAGAAAUGGCCGCUGAGCAAGCAGAAGAACCUGUUGAAAAUGUUUAUGGAUUUAUCCAAGUUUUUGAUGUGGACAACCAAAACUUCUACGUACGGAAUUCAUUCUUCGCCAGGGAUGAUGACAAGAUUACGGAUGUUGUUCGGGAGCGUAUGGGCCAUGAUGCCGACACAGCGUUUAACGUCUGGUGCCGCGAAGCUGUUAUUGGUGCAACCGCUAUUAACACAGAUGACACAUUCAAAGACCGCAGAUUCAGUAACGGCUGUGAUUUGAUUGUGGCUGCACCGAUCUCGGAGACUGCAACAAAGCAGUUACUUGUUGAGGGCAAAUUCUCCAACGCUUUCGACAUGUCAAAGUACCUCCGAAUGGUGGACCGGAAGCAUCCAGUAUUGUCCAAGACCAGCCAGGAACCUGUCGAACUUGCCGAGUUUGGCGCAGAUUAUUACCUGGGUCCUCUUGUCAACGGGCGCAUGCAUGGCGAGCAUGCUGUAUGUAUCAGCUCCAACGGCCAUACCUAUGAAGGACCUCUUGUGUGCAGCAAGAGGUGCGGGAAGGGAGGCAAGAUGACCUACCAAAAUGGGGACACGUACGAGGGAGACUGGGAGGACGAUGAACGACAUGGCCAAGGCACAUUUGUUGAACAGAGAACUGGAAACAAGUAUGUCGGCGGGUUCGAGUAUGGGAAGCGAUGGGGUAUGGGCACGACAUAUUGGCAAGUGGCGGAUGAACAGGCCGACCUUUGUCAGAUAUGCUAUGGACAAGAGGUUGAUGCUUUGUUCUUUGAUUGCGGACAUGUCUGCUCUUGCGUCGAGUGUGCCCGACAGUGCGACAUCUGUCCUAUCUGCCGGAGAAGCGUGAAACAAGUGGUGAAGAUGUUUCGAGCGUAA